AUGGCGUACAACCGGCCCUACGACCCAGAUGCUCUCCCCAGAUUUGCUGAGCCUGAUCAAAAACCAGGCCAAGCGCCAUCUCCGCACGCUGGAGCGCCUCCGCAGCAGAGAUACGACCGCCCUCAGCAGCCACAGUAUCAGCAGCAGCAACCGCAAUACCAACAGCACCAACAGCCUCCCCCCAACCAGCACCAGUACGAUCACCCUCCGCGGCGUGAUACGGCGGGACAUGGUGGUCAAGGACAGUACGAUCACCCUCCGCGGCGCGAUACGGCGGGACAUGGUCAAGGCGCGUACGGGCUUGGAUCACCGCCUCCUGUAGCCGCUGCUCAGCGCCCGGCAGCGCAGCAUCACCCUGCUGCUACCUCUCGACCGCCCCCUUCGCCAUCCAACGACGCGAAUGGUGCAGACCCAACGCUGCUGCCGCUGUUUAGGGCUGUGGACAAGGAUGGAACCGGUCACCUAUCCGAAAAGGAGCUCUCAGCGGCCCUUGUCAACGGCGAUUGGACCGCCUUCGACAUCCAGACUGUCCGCAUGAUGAUUCGCAUGUUCGACUCGGACCGCAGCGGCACAAUUGGCUUCCAGGAAUUCUGCGGCCUCUGGUCCUUCCUCGCCUCGUGGCGCACGCUCUUCGACCGCUUCGACGUCGACCGCAGCGGCAAUAUCUCUCUACCUGAAUUCACCGACGCCCUCAUUGCAUUCCGUUACCGACUCAGCCCGCAGUUUGUCGAGCUGCUGUUCCGUACGUAUGAUAAGCGCGGCGAGGGCGUCAUGAGCUUUGAUCUGUUUGUUCAGGCGUGCAUCUCGCUGAAGCGUAUGACGGAUGUGUUUAAGAGAUACGAUGAUGACCGGGAUGGCUACAUUACUUUGAGCUUUGAGGAUUUCCUGAGCGAGAUUUUGAAGCAGAUGAAAUGA